UGUUGCACAUUAAAGAUACAUCUGAUUAACCAGACCAUUGCAGAGAUGAGUCACAAAAAAAAUAUAGACACGGAACAAGAAAAGAAGAGAACCCAGUUCUGUUCAUGCAAAAACAGUUGUCAAAAAAAAACUGGUCCGAAAAGAAAAGGAUGUUCUUGCAAAGAUGACGAGCUAUAUUGCAGCGAUAAAUGCGAAUGUGGCAUGAACAUAAUUGAAUGUAAGAACAAGGUCAACAAAACUCCACUCGUAGUCGUACCUGACGAAGAAAAAACAGAUCCAGAGUUAGUCAGAGGAUUAAAAAACCUGGUGGUUGAUAAGAACGAUAAAUCUGGCAAAGAAACCUCAAAGCCUAAACAGGCUACAUCAAGCUACCCUAAAAAAGGUCAGCCCAAAGAAAAAAAACAAACCAAAACCUGAUUACACUGAUUAAUGCAGGAAAAAGACUUUCAUAUUAUACGGCAUGAGAAAUAUCGAUAUACAAUAUAAGCUAGGGUCAGUAGAAUGAAUAAAUCAAGCUAGCUCAGAGGCUAGCAUAAUGAACUUUGUGUCGUGAUUGCAGGAUUAAAGUUGGAUCAUUGUAAUUCACAGUAGACUAUUCUGGUGGAGGAGUAUAGAAAUAAUAAUGACAACACGAUCAUGCAAAUUAUAAUAUUUUCGGGGAAAGGA